AUGGCAAGUCCCACUGGAUCGGAGACUCCCUUCUUGGCAGCAGUUCCUGGCUUAAUACCAACCCAAGUAUUGCCGGAAGAGCCUAAUCUCAUACAAGCUCAGUUUAUAACGAACGAUCCAGGAGUAAUGCAAACUCAUAUUUUGGUGCAUGAUUCUGCUUUGAUGCACACUCAAGUUUUAAUGCAAGAUCCUGUAUUCAAGCAUACGCAGAUUUUAUUGCGCGAUCCCAACUUCAUUGAAACUCAAAACCUUAUGGAAGCGGAGGAAUUCGUGGGCUCAGAAAGUGAAGAGCCAGCAUUAACCGCCGCACAACCCAGCUGCUUAAUUGCUGCUUUGAUCUCUUUAGUCGUAUUCAGCGUUUGCCUGGCAUUGAUUCCCUCACUCACAUCGUUGUACCUGCCCGAUAAAAGCGUCCCCGUCGUACGAUCAAAUCUCUCUGCUUACUCGAAUCCAUGGUCACUCCGAUAUCUCACGAACUUCACUGUUCCUGCAGGCUAUGCAACAAGACGAAAACGGGCCAACUCGCCCUACGACAAAUCUUCGUUGGGUAGAGCAUUCUCACAAGCCAUGUCAUUCCCAGCCAACACCAUCGUAGUUGUUGUGUGCAGCUUGAAUAUAGGUAGUGGAAGACGACGUCGCCAACAGGAUACACAAACGACAUCGGCCAACGUAUAUAUGGAUGUUAUUGUCGACGUGGUGCCUCCUGCACGAUGUCAGUAUUCAGUUCACUGUCAAAGCAACUUUCGAGACGAGAUUGUGAACAAGUUCCAAGAGACUCAAACGUUCAGUCUGUCAGCGAAUUUGACAACCGGGGAGGCGCUACCUGUUGCUUUGAAAUUGAUCUAUCUUAUCGAACAAGGUGUGACCACUCCAGCUCCAAAUGAAACCCCAGCCGCUACUACAUCACCAACGACACUGACAACAACAACGGAUACUACUACUGCAUAUGCUGCCAAUGGGACAACUACACUUCCACUGGGGGCCACUACAGGUGCUUCGAGUACUACCACACUCAGCGCAACCACAGUUUCUACCGUUCCUGGUACCACAACAAGUACCACUACCACUGCAGCCACCACUCCCACAACAAGUACCACUACCACUGCAGCCACCACCUCCACAACAACAACUACUACUACUACCACAUGCUACUAUGGUAAAGACAAAGUUCAACUCAUCGAUGGAACCCAACGCUCUAUCGAACAUCUACACAUCGGCGAUCGCAUCUGGACACUCACUCCACCUGCACAAACACCCAUCCAAGAUGAGAUCAUCCUCAUCAUGCACAAUGGCACAAAUCUACCUGCAUUGUUUUAUGUGUUCACCACGGUGAAUGGUAACCAAGUGAGAAUCACAGAACGACAUUUCAUUCCAGUCUACGAUAACAAAGAGCAGCAAGUCAAGGUAAUUCGUGCAUCGUUUGUACAGCCAGAACACUACCUGUUGAUGAACAACAAAACAUUCCAAGAGACUCAAACGUUCAGUCUGUCAGCGAAUUUGACAACCGGGGAGGCGCUACCUGUUGCUUUGAAAUUGAUCUAUCUUAUCGAACAAGGUGUGACAACUCCAAGCUCAACGGAGGCAUCGACUACUACGACGGAAUCUACAACGAUUUAUAGUACUACCGUACCCAUUAGCACUACAACAGUUACUUUAGCGCCAGGUGCCACGACAGGUUCUACAGUAACCGGUGCGACUACCACAACAGCUAAAGCAACCACCACAACCAAAUGCUACUAUGGUAAAGACAAAGUUCAACUCAUCGAUGGAACCCAACGCUCUAUCGAACAUCUACACAUCGGCGAUCGCAUCUGGACACUCACUCCACCUGCACAAACACCUAUCCAAGAUGAGAUCAUCCUCAUCAUGCACAAUGGCACAAAUCUACCUGCAUUGUUUUAUGUGUUCACCACGGUGAAUGGUAACCAACAAGUCAAGGUAAUUCGUGCAUCGUUUGUACAGCCAGAACACUACCUGUUGAUGAACAACAAAACAGUUCCCAUCCGUACCAUAUCAACACAAACAGGAGUCGGCUUCUAUGCACCCCUGACACUAUCUGGCUACUUGACAGUGAAUGGCAUUUCCACUGCAGUGUUCUCUGACUGGUAUGAAACUUCAUUCGAAACGAUUCAACGAGUGUUUCUUCCAGUUCGUGUAUAUUAUCAGCUGAGUCGAUGGAUGUUUGGAAGUGACUACAAUCCUAUCUGUUUACCAUACAAAAAACUUGCAAUGCUGACUACGUUCUUAGAAACACAAGAAUUCGAAGAACCAACAUUUCCUCCGAAACGAUCAACCUAUAUCAUCGCCGGUGUCAUAUGUUUACUACUCUUCAGUAUUUCCCUAGUUUUGAUUCCAUCACUCACAUCGUUGUACCUGCCCGAUAAAAGCGUCCCUGUCGUACGAUCAAAUCUCUCUACUUACUCGAAUCCAUGGUCACUUCGAUAUCUCACGAACUUCACUGUUCCUGCAGGCUAUGCAACAAGACGAAAACGGGCCUACUCGCCCUACGACAAAUCUUCGUUGGGUAGAGCAUUCUCACAAGCCAUGUCAUUCUCAGCCAACACCAUCGUAGUUGUUGUGUGCGACUUGAAUAUAGGUAGCGGAAGACGACGUCGCCAACAGUAA